UCAUUUGGGCUCAAAUUUUGUUGUUCUGUAACCGACGGAUUAGUGUUCAGAAAAUGGCCACAAGUCAGUGGUGGGCUUAGGAAGUAAAUGUGGGCUUCAGGGUGAAAGCCCAAUACUUGGAGGAGCGGCAAGAUACAUAUUCGGUGUCAGUAUAAAAUGGUUUGGCAUCCCGCGCUAGGGUUUUGGAUAGCUGGCCGUCGUAGUAGAGCAACUCUCAUCGAACUCCGGAAGCGGAAGCAGGGCCAAGGGAGACAACCAUGGGUCGUAUGCAUAGUCGUGGUAAGGGUAUUUCCGCCUCUGCAUUGCCCUACAAGAGGACGCCACCAAGUUGGCUCAAGAUCUCUUCUACGGAUGUUGAAGAUAAUAUCUGCAAAUUUGCGAAGAAGGGCUUAACCCCUUCUCAAAUUGGUGUGAUUCUUCGUGAUUCUCACGGGAUUGCCCAGGUCAAAAGUGUUACCGGAAACAAAAUAUUGCGUAUUCUUAAGGCCCAUGGACUUGCACCUGAGAUUCCAGAGGAUCUCUAUCACUUAAUCAAGAAAGCAGUUUCCAUCCGUAAGCAUUUGGAGAGGAACAGGAAGGACAAAGACUCCAAGUUCAGAUUGAUUCUCGUGGAGAGCAGAAUUCACAGACUUGCUCGUUACUAUAAGAAAACCAAGAAGCUUCCACCAGUUUGGAAAUACGAGUCAACGACUGCCAGCACCCUGGUUGCUUAAUUUUGAUUUUUGAGUGAUUUGGUGGCUAUACGAUUCAAUCUGUGAUCUGCUUCAGUCAUUGUGAGGUCAGGUGGAUCAGUGAGAGUUGCAACUUGGUUUCUAUUUAUGGCAUCAGUUUUGAUUUCAGUUUUUAUUAUCGGAAUCUGUAGACUUAUUUGAACAGAUUUAAAAGCAAAUCAGAAAGCCUUAAUGGUUCGUGUUUCCUCUAAA